AUGGGCAGCCGCACACCCCUUUCAUCUGUAUGACACGCGCACCGCAUGCUGCACACGCUUGGUGACAAGGCCGCACCAACGGGAAGGAAAGGCCGGACGCUUUGUUGUCGCUUUGCUGAUACAUGAUGUAUCAACCUCCGAUAGUGAACUUCCCGGUCUUCUCGGUGGUAUGGUCAGAGGCAACGGAUGCUAAUGGCGCCGCUUCUCCAGCGGUGCUCGCGGCGGGCGGCGGGGGUGCUGGUAACACGGGAGUCGGGAACAAGAUUUCCUCGAUUGCCUUCAAGGGGGGCGCCCAGCAACCCUCCCAUACCAUCGCGCACGAGCUGGAGACGUCGCCCGAGACGUGCAACUGCGUCGCGGCUAGCGGUAACGGUCAGCUCCUGGCCGCUGCGUUCGGAAAGAACGUUCGCAUCUAUGCCAGCAACCCCUCAGGCUUCCACCAGCUGGCGGAAGUCGAGGCCGAUUUUGCGACAAAGGAGAGCGGUGUGCUUUCCAUGGCGUUCCUGGACAGAAAUAACGGCGGCAGCGACGGUAGCCGAGAAACGGACGGAGGCGUUAUGCUCAUGGCUACCGGGGGGGAAGACGGGGUCUUGAGGGUCUGGGAGCUUCAUGCCGACGCGCGAACAGGUGGCGGCGAUGGGAGAGAGGGCGAAAGACCACCGUCGCUUUCGGUACGUAUGGUGCAUGCAUGCAAAGGGCACGAAAAGCCGGUGACGUGCGUGAGAUUCCACCCGUCAGGGGCGUUGAUGCUCACCGCCUCGAAAGACGGCACCUGCAGGUUGUGGGACUGCGAGCGAGGCUCCGAAGCGGCUUUGUUGCCCACCACGUCCGGCCUGCCUCCGACCGCAUCAAUCGCGAAGGCCCCGGUGAUCAUGUGCCGCUCCUGCUGCUUCUCUCCCGAUAGGCCAGACGCGAUAUUCUCUGUGCAGAGCGAGGGGCGUGGCAACGCCUACGUCACUGAGUGGAGGUACUCGGUGCGGCCGGACGACGACGCCCCCGGGGGAAGGGGGGUCGCUUGUGAGGUCAAGCCGGUUAAGGUGUCGCUCGUGUCGCCGCACCCGGCGACUUCGCUGUCCGUCCGGAGCGACGGCGCUCGCCUAGCGGUGGGGAACGUGGAGGGGACGGUGCUCGUCUACCGGCUACCCGGGUUUGCGAAGGUCAUGGAGUAUCCUGCCCACGACCUGCCAGUGACGGGCCUGGGGUUUGCCACGAGGGAGGUGGGGGCAGCGCUUGGGGGAUACGACUUGCUUGCCGGCUCGGCAGACUACAAGAUAAGCCUUUUCAAGUCUCAGGGGAGUGCCACCAAGCUAGCGCUUCGGCAAAUGAUGGUAUUACUGUGGUCGUUAGUUGUCUUCGUAUUUAAGGCGAUAUCCUGGUUGGUACGGACCGCGCUGACCCUAACGCUGACGGUCAUCCCGAUGAUGGGCUUGGUGGCGCUUGUGCUGGCGGUGGUAUACCGGCCGGAGGAGCUUGCGGCCGCAGUUCGGGUGCUGAUAGCGCAGGAGGAGAACUUGGGAUUGGAGGCGGAUCCGGACUCAGAGCCGCCGGUUCUAUAGCCUUUUGGUUUGAUGUUGUUUCUUGCGUCCGGAGACUGGUGACUUUUGGGCGCGAGCGGGGCGCAGCACCUCUUCCUGCUGCAUGUGCAACCUGUGCUUGCACGAUCGAAACACGUGGUGUAUGCUUUUUAUGUGGGCGAAUCGCCUGUCUCUGCCGUCGAUCGAAUGUCGUCGGAAAUCCGAAACUAGUGAGGCUGCCUCUUGCUUGGAGAGGGAGAGGGGUGAAGUAACGUAGUGACUACCGGGUGCGUUUGUCUUGCCUCGCGUGAGCGCUUGCUUCGACACCCCCACUGCACGACAAGGGGCAGGCGGAAAGUGGGUUAAACUAACCCGUGUAAAGCCGGGUCUGCAGCAGCAAGAGUCUGACUUUCGCCCUUUACCCCCACACAUUCAUCCCUGAUGUGAUUGCCACGUAAGGCACGAUUCCGGCAUUCAUUGCCCUCGUAAAGGCUGAAGCACUCACCACCCUACCUACACUGGGAAAUUUGUAGAUUGAGGUGGGCGUGAAACGAGAUUUCUUUUCUGUGUGCCCUUUUUGGCAUACCUGCUCUGACAAGCAAGGUACAGCAGCAGGAGCUAAUUCCAAUCUGAGGCCGAUCGCGGGAGCAUGUGCUCAUUCCCACGGCUACGGGUUACAACAUGGUUCUCCGAUCUGCGUCUGAUUCAGCUGUCGCUCUCUCUAGCCCUUUAAUGAUUUUCUUCGUUCCUCAAUCGGUGAAACAAGCUA